CAAGUACUGGCUCAUCGAAUUUCGCGGCACUUUGCACGAGACGAGUCGACGCGUUCCUCGCUGCUCGUUUCGUAGGUUAUGUCGCGCUGAGACCGCAAUAAAGCUUUACCGCGAUCGUGAGUCGUGAGUUAGAUUUUCAAUUAAGCUCGCGUGUAGAUCAGUCGAGAGACGCGCAACUCGGUGCAUAAGAAGCCGGACGAUCUCGACGAAUACGGUAGAUAUUCACGAUAUCGCGGGUGCCGCUUAUCUCUAAUAAGCAACCAAUCGGGAGAUCAAUUUGGAAACAUUGUCGACCUCGCCUUUGUUUUCGACAGACGUGAUUAAAACACGCAAGAGGAGUCAUUCCGGAGAUCAAAGCGGAAGAAAAAAAUACGAGGCAAGAGACGCUAUACGAAAUGUCGGCUUCUCCCAUCGCCAGACAGGCUACCCAGAGCCAGAGCAUACCGUCUAAGAGGAUCGUCAUCCACGAUCCUAAUCAGUUACCUGCGGAUUGCUCGUCUACUCCCGGAGGAACUCUUUAUUCCACGACACCGGGAGGUACGCGCAUCGUAUACGAACGCGCGUUUUUGAUGAACUUGCGAAACUCUCCGAUAUCGCGAACACCGCCGCGAAAUACGUUGAGUAUACCGUCAGAAUUGCUGAAAGGCAGUACACCAGCAAUCACAAGGGAUCCUGCUAAAAAUUCCGAUAAAGAUGUUCUGGUAAUCGAGGAAUCUGCAGAACAGUUUGAAAUGGACAUGUAAUAAAGAUAAUCUGCCAAUCGUUUACUAUAACGAUUUAAAUGUGUUCGUAGCCAUACUCGAGAAUACUGUCAAUUUACUCAGAUGAUAAGAGCAAGAGUAUGGCUAACAUGCUUCAAUUCUGUGCCUUUUGCCAAUGGCCUUAUUAAAAAGUAUGAAUUUUUGUUCUUUGAUAAAACAGCAAAUGUUUUAUAUAUAUUGCAAAUUAUUUCAUUCUCAAUACUAAUUUUUAUCCGAUAUAAUAUGUAUAUUUACAUAUAAGAAGCACGACUGUGGACAUGGAGAUACUAAUUGUACAAUGCAUAUGUAUUAACGGUCACUAAGUCUUCCUUUCAGAAUUGCCGAUGGGAUGCUUUGUAAUCUAUUUCUUAAGAAAUUUGUAUCUGUGAAUAAAUGACACAUUUUAUACAUAGA